AUGUCUUCCAGAAGUCCCAAAUAUUUAAUUAAAGGUAAAUGGGGAUCAAAGUCUAAUAACUCCAGAUCUGAAACAACACUAGAAACAUUUAGGGGAGAAAUUACAUCCUUAAAAACAUCGGUAGAUGAAAUCACAAAUGGAAAAGAAAAACCAAUGGAGAAAGAGAGACACAGAUUUUUGGAGAAAAUUCGAGUCCUCGAAGCUGAGAGGGAGAAGAAUGUUUUUCAUCUCGCAGAGAAGGACAAAGAAAUACAGCGACUCAGAGAUCAGGUUAAGGCCAAGUAUAGCUCUACUGCAUUGCUGGAGCAGCUGGAAGAGAAAACAAAGGAAGGCGAAAGGAGGGAACAACUGUUGAAUUCCUUGUCUGAAGAGACAGAUGUACUGAAAAAACAGUUGUCUGCUACGACGGCAAAACUUGCUGAAUUUGAAAGCAAAGCCAGCACGCUUCAUUUAUCACAGACUGUGGCUACAAACUGUUCAUCGAUGAAUAAUAUUCACGAAAUGGAAAUACAACUGAAAGAUGCUCUGGAGAAGAACCAGCAGUGGCUUGUGUAUGAUCAGCAGCGAGAGGCCUACGUGAAAGGACUUUUAGCAAAGAUCUUCGAGUUGGAACAGAAAUUAGAAGCAGCUGCUCAUUCACUCCCACAGCAGACAAAAAAGAUGGAAUCGGAAGGUUAUCUUCAAGAAGAAACGCAAAAAUAUUACAGCCGUCUCUUGACAGAAGCAAAAAAAGAUCUUGAGGUUGAACGACAAACUGUGACUCAGUUGAGUUUUGAACUUAGUGAAUUCCGAAGAAAAUAUGAAGAAACCCAAAAAGAAGUUCAAGAUUUAAAUCUGCUGUUGUGUUCACAAAGGAAGGCAGAUGUACAACAUUUGGAAGAUGAAAGGCACAAAACAGAGAAAAUAAAACAACUCAAGGAAGAGAAUGACAUUACCAGGGAAAAACUUGAAGUAGAGAAAAAGAGAUCUGAAGAGCUCCUAUCUCAGGUCCAGUUUCUUUACACGUCGCUGUUAAAGCAGCAGGAGGAGCAAACAAGGGUGGCUUUGUUGGAACAACAGAUGCAGGCUUGUACUUUAGACUUUGAAAAUGAAAAAGUUGACCGUCAAAAUAUGCAGCAUCAAUUACAUGUAAUACUUAAGGAGCUCCGGAAGGCAAGAAGCCAGAUAACACAGCUAGAAUCCUUGAAGCAGUUUCGUGAGUUCGCCUUCACAGAGCCGUUAGUCACUUUCCAAGGAGAGACUGAAAACCAAGGAAAAGUUGCCUCACCAAAAAGUCCUUCUGCGGCAUUGAAUGAAAGUCUGGUGGAGUGUCCCAAGUGCAAUAUCCAAUAUCCAGCCACUGAACAUCGAGACCUACUUGUCCAUGUUGAAUACUGUUCCAAGUAG